GGAACGGCAGUGCGGCCACUCACGAAAACUUUUCACGUGCCAAAAACACGUGCCUCCAUCGCAAGAGCGACUUUUGACAGUUUUUGACUAGAGCAUUUCCAUCACGCUUCUCUACCACAAGUUGACAUCGCAUGGCUCGUAUUGCAAUUGUUGGAGCAGGGAAUGUUGGGCUCUACGUGGGGGCGUUUUUGCACCUCGCUGGCUGUCAGGUUUGCUGGGUCGGCAGAACCUGGCUCCGGAAAGAACUGGAAGACGCCGGUGCUUUAACCGUUUCCGACUUUUACAAUCACACAUUUAGCAUUCAAGCGGACGAAGUUCAAUUUCUGACUGACAUAUCCGAACUGGUGCAGUCUGAGGAAGAGGUGGUGAUAGACUUUUUAUUCUUGACGGUCAAGGCCCAUGCAACAGAGGAAGCCGUGCAGAGCUUUAAGCAUUUGGACGGAAAAGUUGUGGUUGUAACACUUCAAAAUGGUAUUCAAAAUGCGGAAGUGAUUCGCAAGCAUAUGCCAAAUACAAUGGUUAUUACUGGCAUGUUUCCCACGAAUAUUGUCCAUCUUCCUGGGGGACACUUUCAUCAAGCAUCGAUUGGACCAAUUCACCUGGAGGAUGGAGAGGAGGCGUCGACGCUUGCUCAAGUGUUUAUUGAGGCUGGUAUGCCGACACAACUCACGACAGACAUCAAAGGCAUCCUGUAUGGCAAAUUACUGUUAAACCUAAUGAAUGCUACAAAUGCGCUGAGUGGUGUUCCUCUGCGAACGCAACUGUCGGAUCGAUCGCACCGUCUCGUUCUUGCGCGGUGUAUUGAUGAAGCAUUGGCGUGCUAUCGUGUGGCCAACAUAAAGCCAUUAUCCUUCUUCACGUUCCCCAUGUGGGUUGUACCAUAUAUUCUACGACUUCCGGAUUGGAUCUUCUUCCAAAUUGCCUCCGCAGUAUUAGGAAUUGAUGAGCGGGCAAUGUCCUCAAUGUACGACGACCUCUUAUUGAAACGUCCGACGGAGAUUGCCUACCUUAAUGGCGAGAUUCUGAAACUUGCGGAAGAGCAUGGCGUCAGCACCCCCAUGAACAGUGCUAUAGACAAAAUGAUUAGGAAGAUUGAGGCUGAGAGGCCGGAGAGACCACCAUCGUUCUCCGGAGACGAGUUGUUGGCGAUGGCUGAACAGACAUGACCGAGGCGAUUUCAAGAUCAAUAUUACUGUAGAUCUCCUAUUUAUAUGUUUAUCUUAAUUACCUCAUGCGUAUAUUCUGUAAUUUUUCCCCGGUAGAAUAAUGCUACAUAUUAGAAAUGGAGCCAAAAAACCUCCUCAGAACCCGCACAUAUGAGGAAUAACAUGAACAUUGAUUACAACUAAGCUCUUCCCAACAACAAACAUCAGAAAAGGACCUGCAGCAGGCCGUACACUACUUAAC